AUGACCCUCAAAGAUCAACCGUCCGUCGAGUCGCCGCGAGUGCCGCUCGCGUCGUCGUCGCGCGUGUCCUGGUCCCUCUUCCUACUCCUAGUAACCAUCCCGCUCUUGUUCCUGUUACAUAUCCUCGUGCUCAGAUACAGUUGCAUCGCUCCCGCAUGGACGGUGGCGAUCGAAUCCGACUCGCAGGACGAGUUAAAGCCCGUUGGCGGAGUUGCGGCGAUGAUUGACGUGAUCGGACCGCUGUCGGACCUCCGAGGGAGCAUGGGCGACUCGGAGACGGACCUGGGGGUGAUGGAAGAAGCGGACGCGCCGCGGAAGAUGGAAGAAGCGGAACCGGCACCGCGAUGGAUGGAAGAAGCGGAACUGUCGCGACGGAAGGAAGAAGCGGAACCGCCGCGAGGGAUGGUUGACGCGGAGAGGAGUGCAGAUCGGUUGCAGUACCCGGGCAGGAAGCGCGUGGUGGGGCUCGUCGGGGUGUUCACCGAUUUCUCCAGCCGCGAGAGGCGCUCGCUGCUUCGCGACACGUGGUUCCCCGCCACGCCCGAGGAGCACGCGCGGGUGGAAACAAUGACACGCCUGGUUCCGCCGGUCUAUCACCUGGCACAGGAGGAGCGCACAGGAGGAGCGCACAGGAGGAGCGUGCCAGCCCAGGGUGAACGAGGAGGAAAGAAGCGUGCUCUCACUGCCGCCCUCUCCUCUCCGCUUCACCCCCCACCCUCCCCCCCACCUUGGCGUGUCUCCCAGCCAGCCCAGGGUGGAAGCAGCGACAAGGUGGCUGGUGGUGUUUGGGUUCGGCCACGGCAGGAGCGAGCCCAGGGUGAACGAGGAGGAAAGAGGCGUGCUCUCUCUGCCCCCCUUUCCUUUCCACCCCCCUUCCACCUUGCCGUGUCUCCCAGGACUGGAAACAGAAACGGGGCUGGUGUUUCGGUUCAUGAUCGGAAAUGGGUGGAGCGCGGAGGACGAGGUGCUGUGAAGCGAUGCGCCCUCUCUGCACCUUUUCCCCCUUCCCCCCCCUCCCCGUCCUCCCCCUUUCCCCCCCUCCCCGUCCUCCCCCUUUCCCCCUCUCCCCGGUCCUCCCCCUUUCACUCGCAUUCCAGAGUGGAAGCAGAGGCCGGGCGGGUGUUUCGGUUCAUCAUCGGGAAUGAGUGUAGCGCAGAGGACGAGGAGAGGUGUCCUGCCCUCCCCAUCCUCCCCCCAUCCUCUCCCCUUCCUCCCCACUACACGCAUUUCAGCUUGGAAGCAGAGGCGGGGCUGGUGUUUCGGUUCAUUAUCGGGCACGGCACGAGUGCGGAGGAGGAGGAGCAGCUGCAGGUGGAGAACAGCACUCACGGGGACUUGCUUCGCAUCGAUGUGGACGAGGCAGACUUCAAUGCCAACCGCAAGGCUCUCGUGUACUUCACAUCACUCUUCAAGCUCUAUGAAGCCGAGUUCUACGUCAAGGCAGACGACGACAUCUACCUCAUACCAGACCGCCUUGCUUCUCUGGUCGCCAUGCCAAGGAAGUCACCUCGAACGUACCUUGGAUGCUUCAAGAAUGGAGCCGUGGUGACCAACCCCGACAUGAGCGAGUUUGAGCCGAACUCACGACUGCUGGGGCCGCAGUAUUUCCUGCAUGCAUACAGCAACAUCUACUCCCUCUCCUACGGCGUCGUCAAAAUCCUCAACUCCGUUCCCAACGGCAGGUGA